AUGCCGCUGUCAGAAGACGAAAAUGACUCUGCGGCUUCCAAGGAUAAAUCUUCCACGAAAGUGUCAAUGAAACUGAGUGACACGGCUCAUGCACCAUCCGUCAAAGUGCCAACUCCGAGGAAGAGCAAACCCAAAGAGAUGGUGCGCCGACCUACCAUGCUUCAGGCUUUACAGCACAAGAAAUAUGUCGCUAAUUCUACGUAUUAUCUAACCUCCGGCGGCACGAAUAAGAAACCGCCACGCGAUGUUACGAAAGAACGAAGCCCGUUUUUGUACCCGCGCGAUGUCGAACUUCAAGCUUAUAGAAUGCUCCAAGGAACUUGGGAAGCUGAGCAGAAGAAGAAAAACCAAGCGGACGGUUCUAAUUAUAGGACUAGACAGAAUGCAGAUUUGCGUGCAAGAGUUCAUACACCAAAUGCCACUGUGGGUGGACCAGCAGUUAAAGCUAUUUUGGAUGUCGAUCCCGAUUUUUAUAAAUUGGUGCAAAAUAGGCCGAUAAAGGAUAGACUCAAUAUAAAUAAAUGGGAUAAAUAA